AUGAGUCGAUAUCACAGAAAUAAGUCGCUUCAACAGACUAUAGGAAUGACCGGAUCUCAAAUUCCGACCUCACCAACCCCGGAAACCAUGAAUCGGUUGGAAGUUGAAUCGGCCUCGUCCACUUCACUUCCCAAUUCGGUGCCAUAUUAUAACAUUAGUGACCAUCACAGCUCUCUUGAUACCGUCAGCUUGCUUCGUGGACAACCUCAGUAUACCAAUACUUCACAUCUUAAUUUGGGAACUUCCACCGGAAAUCGAUCAUCUGGCAUUGCAGGUGCACCUGUCAAAGUUGACACCCCUCGGAAUGACGAUACUUUCAAUCAGGUCCCUAAAAGAUUUUCCCAGUUCAUACUUGACCAGCAAAACCCCUAUGUGGCCCAGAGACUCGAUAAUCUUUCACUCAACUCGCUAAGUGUCAGCGAACAGCUGAGAGAGCGUCGGCUUAAACGGCGGACGUUUUCUCGUGCGUCACGUCAAAAUAAGACCGGAACUGCAACCCAGUCGUUAACAUCUGGUUUCGGCCACAGCGCAGUAGCCCGGUCUUCCACCAACAUUUCAGAAUCUAUGGGGUCUCAAGCUACAAUUUUUUCCACCAGAGACCAGCUUAUUAACCGCAGAGCCACCCGGCGCCGACAACGGCCCCAUCUGCAUGCCGCUGCAAGUGAAGGUUCGACGCUUUCACGUCAAAAUGCAGUGCGCAUCAAGCAGGGUGGAUGGUUCUACCGGUUGCGAAUCAGACUCGCUCGGUUGGCGAAAAAGCUCAAGUAUCGUUUUUUCGCCUCGUCCAAACGGACGGGCAGCGUUAAGCGCCAUGGAAAAAGAAAAGUGAGCAUUUCGCACCCAAAUCGCCGUCUUGGUGUUGCACCGGAAACGGUUCCUUUUCUCGACGAAAACCUCAAGCUGAUGGCGGGGGCGUACCCGGUGCAUCUUCGGUCAAGGAGUCCGCAAAAAAGGAUGGAGGAAAACCAAAAAAUGAAAAAUGCAAAAAAUCAAGAAAUGCAAAAUUUGCAAAACUUGCAGAAUUUGAAUCAAAAUUCACAGCUUCCAGUUUCGGCUUCCCAGCCUCCAGCUUCUGGCUCUCGCCGGUCCCUGGCCUCGUCCUCCACACCUCCUCCAGUUCCUCCCCAUUUUGUGCGGAGGAGCAUGACAGCUCCACUUUUCGACGACACCAACGACACCAUUGAACUUUGGCGCCAGUAUCUUGCCCAUGUUGUAUGUCGGCGAGUGCUUUUGCGGCAGGAAAUCAACCAGUUUCAAAACUACUUGGCUGGUCAAGAUCCACUUCUUCAUCGUUUAAGUGCAAUUCGCACCCAAAUGCCGCGGGCCUCGUAUCAGGCAGUGGUGAAAAAUGUGGGGGAUUCAUCUUCAGAAUACGAAACCGUUUCUGAUUUUUCGGGAUCAAGUAUUCUGGAAGGGUCUGAAUUUAGCCAGAAUGUACUCCACAGGCGCUCAAUGUUGGGAGAAAUGCUUGACUAUGACUCCGAUGGAGUGUCGGUUACUUCGCAAAAUCUGGAAUCUGACUAUUCUCACCAAACAAAUCAGUCCAAUUCUCAAAGUUUUCUGUCUAAAAAUUCAAACUCAACUGAGUCUUCAGAGUUGUCCGCUAUGAAAAGAUACGGAACAGUGCGUCGUCACAAAUUGCAAAAAAGUGUUACUCCCAGCUUGGGCUCGCUUCGACGGUCACCGGGAGUCCAAAUGGACCUCAAUGGGCAUAGCAGAGAAUAA